GUUCCCUUCUUGAGCCACAGCUGCGAUGUGGGGCUUCUGGCUGCUCCUCUUCUGGGGAUGCAGUAGCACACACAUCGGGCAAGUGACCACACCGUUCGCAUGGGGACUAAAGACGCAGGAUGUGAACGAGUGUUUGGACACCACUGCGUGCCCAGCCUAUGCUGUCUGUGUCAACACCGUGGGCAGUUACUUCUGCACCUGCAAACGAGGCUUCCGGCCCAGUAAUGGACAGCACAACUUCAGUGACCCACAGGUGAAGUGUGACGACAUCAAUGAGUGCGUGGAAAGCCCAGAUCCCUGUGGCCCUCACUCCAUAUGCUUCAACCUUUUGGGGAGAUACACUUGCAGCUGUGUUUCUGGCUUCUCGUCUCCCACUGGGAACAACUGGGCACCAGGGAAACCUGGCAUCUUCGCCUGUGCAGACAUUGAUGAGUGCCUGGCCAGCAGGAUCUGCCAUGAGCACGCACACUGCACCAACACCAUGGGCAGCUACAGGUGCAUCUGUCAGGCUGGGUUCAUCGCCAGGGGCUCCGCUUGCGAAGAUGUGGACGAGUGUGCGGCUCCCGGAACCUGCCCCCCGUCUGCCACCUGCUACAACAUCCCCGGGAGCUACGUGUGCUUGUGCCCCUCAGGGCAGGAGCUGGGCAGCGGGCAGCGGAGCACCCAGGGCCCGGGGAACCAGUGUGAAGACAUAGACGUGUGUGACAGGUGUCCUGCGAACGCAACCUGCACCAACACCCCCAGGGGUCACUUCUGCACCUGUCACGCCGGCUUCACACCGAGCAGUGGACCACAGAACUUCACAGACCAAGAGGUGCAAUGCACAGAUAUUGAUGAAUGCUCCCAAGACCCAGAGUUAUGUGGCCCCAAUUCUGUCUGUGCCAAUGCCCUGGGCUCUUACCGUUGUGGCUGCCGCGUGGGCUUCCGGGCCAACCCAGGAGGCUCCCGGGCGCAUGGCAACUUCAGCUGUGAAAGGGUUCCCUUUAAGUGUAGGGAGGACAUGAUUCCUGACAAUGAGCAGGUCCAGCAGUGCCAAGCGGGGACGGCUGCAAAGCCUCAACACGUCUUCUGUGCACUUGUGAACGCCACCUUCAGCAUCCUGGAUGACACCUGUGAGAACAAGACCGGCGCCAUGUCCCUGAAGAGUCAGGUUGAGAGCUUCAGCUCAGUGCUCCAGGAAAGCCCCAUGUGGAGGAACCUCAGCCAACCCGAGGUGUCGGCCCUGGCCAGCGUGCUCCUGGCCAGCGUGGAGAGCAGUACCUUGGCUUCCCUCCUGACCCCGUCUGCAAACAACAGUCAGACCAUCCAGACAGAGUACCUGGAUAUAGAGAGCAGAAUUAUCAAUGAGGAAUGUAACAGGGAUAUGUCCAUUCAGCUGAAAGCCAAAGGUGAUGGGAUAAAGAUCGGGUGCUCCAUCAUUGAAGAAUCAGGGCCUACAGGCCCCGCGGGCGUGGCGUUCGUCUCCUUCGCAAGCCUGGAGUCGGUUCUGGACACGCGCUUCUUCGGAGACCCUCGUGGCGGCGGGGCCGGCGCGAAGGUGACGCUGCGGAUGAGCUCCCGCGUGGUCGGCGCCAUCGUGACCGGGGAGAAGAAGGCGGGCUUGGCGGACCCCGUCAUCUACACGCUGGAGAACGUCCAGCCGAAGCAGAAGUCUGAGAGGCCCAUCUGUGUUACCUGGAGCACUGACACAGAGGAGGGGAGGUGGACCCCAGCUGGCUGUGUGAUUCUAGAAGCAUCUGAGCUUCACACAGUCUGUAGCUGUCACCAGAUGGCCAACUUGGCCAUCAUCAUGGCUUCUGGGGAGCUCACGAUGGACUUCUCCUUGCACAUCAUCAGCCACGUGGGCACUGUCAUCUCCCUGGUGUGCCUCAUCCUGGCCAUCGCCACUUUCCUGCUCUGCCGUACCCUUCGCAACCGUAACACCUACCUCCACCUGCACCUCUGCGUGUGUCUCUUCUUGGCCAAGAUUCUCUUCCUGAUGGGGAUAGACAAGACCAACACCCAGACGGGCUGCGCCAUCAUCGCUGGGGUUCUGCACUACCUGUUCCUCGCUGCCUUCUCCUGGAUGCUGGUGGAGGCGGUGAUGCUCUUCCUCACGGUCAGGAACCUGAAGGUGGUGAAUUACUUCAGCUCCCGUGAUGUCAGGAUGCUGUACCUCUGUGCCUUCGGCUAUGGCUUCCCGGGACUCGUGGUUGCGGUCUCUGCCGGCAUGCAGCCACAGGGUUAUGGCAUGCACAACCGCUGCUGGCUGAACACAGAAACUGGGUUCAUCUGGAGCUUCCUAGGGCCGGUGUGUGUGAUCAUCAUGAUCAACACAGUGCUUCUAACGGGGACCAUGUGGAUCCUGAGGCAGAAGCUGUCCAGUGUCAAUGCCGAAGUCUCCACGCUCAAAGACACCAGAUUGCUGACCUUCAAAGCUUUUGCCCAGAUCUUCAUCCUGGGCUGCUCUUGGAUUCUGGGCAUUUUCCAGAUCGGCCCCGUGGCCAGUGUCAUGGCAUACCUCUUCACCAUCACCAACAGCCUGCAGGGUGCCUUCAUCUUCCUCAUUCACUGUCUCCUCAACCGCCAGGUGCGAGAGGAGUACAGGAGAUGGAUCACCAAGAAGAAGGAGCCCAGCUCCCAGUCCCAGACCUUGGGGGUCCAGCUGUCGUCCAUGCCCUCUACAGCCAACACAGACUAAAGCUUUGCUUUCCAUACUCAGUGAGCAGCACUGGAGCGUGUUAAGUGCCUGUGGGUCCUUCCUUGAAGAUCUUCUCUCCUUGGCGUAGUGUGCAAAUUCAGAAUGUGCCAACUUGAACCUCUGGGAAUCCAGAGUACGGAUGGGCGUCCAUUUCCCAAUGCUUUGUGCAACUGUUCCGAGCAAUACUUUUAUCCUCUGUGCUUUGCAGUGCUCUGAAUUUCCAGAGCUCUAGGAAAUAACAACUUUCAGUCCAGUGUCAGAUCUGAGGGCCUGUGGCUACCAUUUUAUGUCCUGUGCUCCAAGCGGAAGCCCCUGGCAUGGGUUGGGUACAGAAUAGCUUGCAAUAAAUGGUUUUCCAUCCAUCUGAAUGAUUUAAA